AUGAAUCUAGAAGAUUGGAGAGAUGAUGACGAAGUUGAAGGAUUGAAGGUGAGAAAUCUGACAUUCACUGUAUCAGUCAACUUGGCUAUCCUCACCAAGGACUCUCCAAACAGAGAAUCACAACGGUUGUACCCGGAAAGUAGACGAGGUGAGAGAUACUUGGUGGAUGCAGACGUCUUCAGCAAAGGCGUGCCUUACGCUCAUACUUUCUACACGACGGUCAGAUACUGCCUGAAAGCGGUAUCGAAAAACUGCACCUCGUUGGUUAUCACCGGCAAAGUUAAACAUAACAGCUCAUCGAGUUACAUCAGUAGAGCCAUUAUAGAUAAAUCAGCCAAGACUGUUCUGAUGGAAGGUUUUGUCGAUUUCAUGAACGUGUUAAAAAAUGAGAUAAGCCCGUCCUCUCCAAGCAGGAGAAACUCGCCCUCUUUACGUUCCAGUUACAGCCUUCCAAACGGUACUAAGAACCUCCGCGCAGAGUUUAGGGAAAGGAAAAGUUACUCUGAAUCCAGCUGUUCGGAGGACUCAGACUCAAAUUCAUCAUUUUUGGUGCCGUACCUACUGAAAACCAUUACACUUUUAUUAUUAGGCCUUUCUUUAUUCAACGUAUACCUGUACAGGCAAGUUUCAAAUUUAGAAUACAUCAUGCAGACGUUUUUAGAAUACGGAGAAAGGAAAAACUAUCUAUACUUGAAGAACAAUCUAUGAACAUUUAACCUAAUUUAUUCACUAUACUCUUUGUUUUUCAAUUUAAUCUUUUUAAUAUAAUCUAUUUUUUGGCUAAGGAACUUACCAUUAUAAAACAUAACAUCUAACUUAUUUUUUGUUUGCUUAUGAUAACCAUUGUUUGCGCAAAAGAUUAUUUAAAAAUUCUUUUUUAUAUGGUUCUAUUGGUUAAUAUCAUAG